ACCAUGGAUGGCAGAAAAGACACCAGGAGAAUGUGGCCAUGGUGGUGUCUGGCAACACAGGGGAAGCUCCACAAAGUCGAUAAGAAGAGGGAAAAGUCGAGUCAGGGAGGCUGUAGUACAGCAACAGGCAGCGGGCUGUUGUAACAGGAAUCAGGUCGCUGAACAGCAGUCAAGUUGCAGGGCUGUUCUUGUAGUGAAGUUGUUGUGUUGCUCUCAUGGUGGGAUUACUCGAAGGGAAUUUUUGGUCCUGAAUAUGAUUCUAUAUUUUUAAAAAACGUAGCUCCUUUUAUCUUUAGUCCUGGCUAGUUAUAUGGGCGUCCAUGUCGUUGCCUGGCAACUGUCAACGCUGUAAUGGCGUCGGUGUUUGUGGGGGACCUUCCAAGUAACGUCAACGAAUCGGAACUCUACCAGAAAUUUUCCCAAAUCGGAACUGUUUUGUCAGUCAAGUUGUGUAGGGACUUUGAGAGUGGAACACCACUGGGCUAUGGAUAUGUUGUUUAUCAGGAAUACGAAGAUGCGGAAAAAGCGGUGGAAACGUUCAACUUUGAUGUCCUGCAGAAUCACAACAUCCGGGUCAUCAUGGCGGACAAGAUAAACCUGUGCCAGUUCAUGCAAGGUCAUGUGUUUGUCAAAAACCUGGAUCGGAGUGUCGACUCCAACAUUCUGUAUCGAGCUUUCUCUUCUUUUGGCAAAAUUAUCGCGUGCAAGGUUCCACAGGGUAAAAAGUGCUCCAAGUGUCAUGGCUUUAUCCAGUAUGAAACAGAAACAGACGCCAACUCCGCCAUCAAUAACAUGAAUGGGGCGAUGUUUUAUGGGAAAAAGAUAUUUGUAGGACAUUUUCUCCACCGGGAUCAGAGGGACACACCCACAGACACACCCCCGGGCACCCCCUCCGCCAGCGCCCCCGCCACAAGUCUCCGCACGGUGUACAUCAAGAACCUGGGCCCGACUGUGGAUUCAGUUUUUUUAAAGAUAACCUGCUCACCUUAUGGAGAUGUGUCCAAUGUCAAGAUAAUUCGAGACGCUGACGGAUCGUCUAAAGGAUUUGCAUUUGUUACGUUUAAAAAAGUUGAAGAAGCAGUCAAGGCUAUCGAGAUGCUGAACGGUAAGGAAAUCGAUGGACGCGUUCUGUUUGCUGGCCCCGCCAUGAAGAAGUCUGGAAGAAAAAGCCAGCAGUUGCCCCAGUACCCGGCUGAGCAUGAGUUCAGAGAAAUCGUCAUAGAGGACUGUCUAGAUAUAGUCAACGACGCCCAGACCAAACUUCCAGAGCAGCAUUGCCCUUCCCAGCAAGUCAGUUCCCAGAGAAUCCCGCAGAGUUCCACCAGCUACACCAAACAGUUUUGUCUACUGCCUGCUAUGUUGCCUCACAAACAACAGCACGGUUUUCAGUUUUCGGCGCAAAAUCAGGAACAAGGGAUCGUUUUGACUAGUUUAGCCCCGGAGAGUUUCGAGAACACCAACCAGGUUUUGUUGUUGCCUCAGAUUCGCCCGCAGCAUCAACAUCCGAUACAGCACCAUCUGUCACAGCUACCAUUAUCGUCACAAGUAUCUCAGCAACUUCCGCAAAGUCUCCAGGCAAUCCAAAUUCCACUUACGUCACAGCAUCUACAACAGACUCAACCGACGCAAUAUAUUAAAUACUCGCAGAUUCCUCAACCGCAGCAACCUCCACAAUACCUACAGCAACCACAACAACACCAACAGCCUUCACAGAUUCCUCAACCACAACAACCACUACAUCACUUACAGCAACCACAGCUUCAUCAACCGCAACAACACCUGCAGCCUUCACAGAUUCUUCAACCACAGCAACAACCACAACACGCACAGCAACAACCACAACACGCACAGCAACAACAGCCUCAUCAACCGCAGCCACCACUACAUCACAUACAGCAACAACAGCUUCCUCAACCGCAGCAACCACCACAAUACCUACAACAACACCUACAACCCUCACAUAUUCCUCAACCACAGCAACCACCACAACAUCUACAGCAACUACCACAACACCACCAACAGCCCUCACAGCAUCCACUAAACGACAGUCUAAACCAGCAUCAGCCAGAUCACCAAGACAGCCUACAGAUACUCCCCCACCAACAAGACACAAACCCGACCCGAUAUCUGGAGGAAGAUCUGGUAGAAAAGUCUGACACACCGACCCACCCACAUCAGAGUUCGGUUCCAGAAAACUCCAUCCCGCCUGCAGCUCCCCCGGGGGUCAACUUGUAUGUCAAGCAUCUCGAUGACGAUGUCGAUGACGUCAUACUGAAAGGGAUGUUCUCCAAAUUUGGCGAGGUCAUCAGUGCCAAGGUGAUGAUGGAAGGUGAAAAGUCACGUGGUUUUGGAUUCGUUUGUUUCGCUCGUGCCGAGGACGCCGCACGCGCCACACGGGACAUGCGCAGAAGAGUCGACGACGUCAACCGGAAGCCGCUGUACGUAGCACCCGCGCAGCGCAAAGAGGAGAGGCAAGCGUUCUUCCGCGAGAAACUCAAGUCUCGCCAGAACGAAACUCGCUCGGCGGAGACGGAAGCUAGCCAGAAAUGCAGUGCUUUUCUUCAGAGCAUCAAGGAGCAGGAUAUCCCGGAAUCUCAGCGAACGUCCAAGGAAGCUGCUCUUCACUUUCCCGGGGGUGACAUCUCGAACUCGACGCCCAAGGUGGAUCACGCGGCUAGGUCUGAGAGUAUAUUAGCAGGAGAUCCGAUACACGGAAAGUUAGGAUGUUCUCUUUAUUCGAAUUCCGACGGUCAAACACCGGAUAGCCAAAAUGUUCAAGUUAAUAAAUUUCAUAACCUUCAUCGGCCUUUCCCUAAACGUAAUAAUUUUUAUAAUUUUGAAUGUUUUAAUGUUGAAAAUUUGAGAACCCCUUUGAUUAAACCCACUAGAAUGACAAACCCUAACGAAGAGAACACCUUACUUUCGAAUAACCGCAUCGAAUCGGAGUCGAAUUCAUCCCUGCCUGGUAAUCUCUCAGACGAAAACGAACAGAAUCUGGGAACGUCAAUACUCAACAACAUCAACUCCAUACUCUCAACAAAAACAGCACUAUCACCAAAAAGUGCCAGCGAAAUUCCUGGAUUUAGAAAAACGAAUUUCCCGUGGAAAGGUAACGAAACGGCAGAUUCUAUAUUUAGCUUCGGGAAAACCAUCUACUCCGAAACGUGCACGGAAAACUGCAAGAAGCCUCUAUCGCCAAUUGGAAGUAAAUUCUCAUUCUCCGAUCGGAAAAAUUCUUUAAACCGCAGCUUUGUCGAAAAACCGAGACCCAAUCAGAACAGCAGCCUUCGUCCCCGCCCCAACAGCAAGCUGACCCCUCUUGUGUGUGAGAGCAAAGAAGACACCACCAAACCCAGCAAAACUAGCAACGACGAAACCGUAUUCUGUUUCUCCGGAUCAACCCAGAAUAUCCCAAACCGCUUCAUAUUAAAGAGAGAUUUCCCCAUCUUUGAUACCUUGCAAGAUUCCCAAAACGUCGCCAAUUUCACCAAGUCUGUCGUCCACGAAUCCCCGUCUCCCCGGGCACCUUCCCCGUCCACGAUCUCUAAAAGCACGUCUUCUAGCGAGAUAUUCACAUUCUCCGGCAGCGGAAACAGUGACGUCACCCAGAUCGUCCUUGACCCCUUAAAAAGCCCACAAGGUCAACAUCCGUACUGCAACAACGAACCUGGACUACGCAGGAGUUCCAAUGCCUUGAAGAGACGCAGUGAUUCCUCCUUCGAGGCCGACGCUGAAGAGUUUGGGUUGAACUCCUUCACCCCAUGGCCGGCCAAGAGAAGAAUGAUAGCGCCUCUACACGAGGCAGAACCCAUUGAGGAGGUUCGAGGUUCGUCGCCAUCUUUUGACAUCCCCGGCUACGGUCACUUGAGUCUGCGACUGAUGUCCGGCUGGCCGGUCGAGCAGCAGAAGAUGACCCUGAUGGAUCCAGUCAAGGCCAGCCUGAAAGACAUUCUCCAAGAAAUGCUAGAAACCGAUGACCAGGUGUCCAAAUCGAACCAGGAGCAGCACCUGAGCCAGAUUGUCCAAGAGUUGGUCUACAGGAACUGGACAGUGACGUCAUUAAGUGAGAGGCUAAUGGCUAUGAUAAUGGAGAUGGAUGUCGGCGAAAUCCUUAACCUUCUGCAGUCGAAAGAUCUAAUCGUAUAUCUGAUUUUAGAAGGAUUAACGCAAAUUCACAACUAUCAAGACGAGACCCAACCACCGGAUAGAGAGAAUACGACCAGUGUGGUGGAGGUUGACCACACAUCAACACUGCCCCCUGCGGAUGAACCCGAACCUGAUAACGACCCCCCAACCAAUACCUCAGAUCUAUAAAACUUGAACGAUGUAACGAAAAGCCCAAAUUAAAAAUGUUUGAGAGCUAUUAUAAAUUUAGAGAAUAUCUGGUUUAGAAUAGAUAU